AUGGACUACGACACCGUCAAGCACCUGCACCAGACGCUACCGGCGUUCUCGCCGACCAUCCCGGUCUCUGCACUCCCGAACCUCGCGUUCGUCCUGUUGACCGCCACGUUCGGUCUGGCCUUUUACUUCUCAACGCUCUCUAAGGACACAGUUCCGAUUCGAGAGUUGGGCGUCGCUCUCACUGCCAGCGUACUGGGCGGUUUUGGCGUGGUAGCCCUAUUCUGCGCCGCCGGUGUCUACGUGUAA